UCCUCCGGGGAAAAGCGCCGCCCUUUCCUUUGGGGCGGAGAAGCCGGUUCUUUCCACUGAGCCGCCAUUAACGCCGCUGCCUUUACAGACAGGAUGAAGAUCUGGAGCUCGGAGCACGAGUUUGGGCAUCCAUGGGAUACUGUAAUAAAAGCUGCCAUGAGAAAAUAUCCCAAUCCUAUGAACCCCUCAGUGGUAGGAGUUGAUGUCUUGGACCGAAGCCUUGACAAUCAAGGAAGGUUGCACAGUCACCGGCUACUUAGCACUGAAUGGGGCCUACCAAGUAUUGUAAAAGCGAUUCUGGGAACAAGUAGAACUAUGACAUACAUUAAAGAACAUUCUGUAGUUGAUCCGGUGGAAAAGAAAAUGGUACUGAGCUCCACAAAUAUAACACUUACAAAUCUUAUAUCAGUUGAUGAAAGGUUGGUAUAUACGCCACACCCUGAGAACCCGGAAAAGACUUUGUUAACUCAAGAAGCAAUUAUUACAGUAAAAGGUGUUAGCCUCAGUAGUUACUUGGAAACUUUAAUGGCAAGCACAAUAUCUUCUAAUGCUAGAAAGGGUCGAGAAGCCUUGGAAUGGGUGAUUGGUGAACUAACUUCGACGCGAGAGAGCAUGAAGUCCGCAAUGGCAGCAGCUUCAGCGGAGGACUGAUGGAACUGUGACAGAACUUUAUUUUUCCAUUAUAUUUUCUCCUUGCCAGGAUGGAUAUUCCAUUGUUUUUUAUUUAGAAAUAUAUAUGUUUAUAUAAUGAAAUUUUACAGGUCAGAAGCAAACCCCCCCAUUUUUAAGCCUUUCUAGGGCCCUCUAUUUGUCCACAGUGUAAGUUAACAAUUUAUUAUUAUUUUUUGCUUUCCCAUGGCCUCUAGUUACAAGUGCCCAAAUUUGAUAGAGUAUAGUGACCUUAAGUCCUACUGAAGUUAAACGGAACUGGCAGAGCACAUUGAAGAUCGACAUCUACAUAAGUACCAAACUGUGCCUUGAUCAGAGCUGAGAGAAUAGACUUCCCAUCUUAUAUAACCAUUUUCUUGUACUUGAAAUUUAUUUAUUUAUUUCUUUAAAAGUGCAGCUGCCGUUCUUAUUCUGUAAACGACAAAUAGGUACAGAAAGCACUGGGGAUCUCUCUCUCUCUCUCUACAGGCUAGAUAAGUAUAGUGAGGAGGUGAAAUGUGAUGGCACAGGAGGUUGACUGACACCUGAUGUGAUCGUCUAUGUGGUUCUGCAACACAACCUUCCUUUUACUUAGUGGAGCCUGAAAGAAGAUCUGAACAACCUUCCCUGAAAUGAAGGUUGGUGUGCAACAAAGUUCGAUGGUGGAUUGUGCCCUUUGUUGGAGGCUGGAGAUCUCCUCCUGAGACUUUGGCUUUGUGGAUAUUAAUUCUUCCUUGCACUGUUCAAAUGCAGAUUCUGAACAAGGUAUUCUAGCACGUUACCUCCUAGUAUUUAUACUGAAACCACUGAGAGCAGCCAUUUUGCUGUGGUAAAAAUGGCUUGAAUCCUCUCUUGUCCAUUUUUGUUUUGAUUUUUCAGUAGCUAAUUUAUUUCCAUAUAUGUGAAUAUACCCUCUGGUCACUUAUUAUGUGAAGACAAUUGAUACCUCAGUGGGAAGUACUAGGAAACUUAUUUUCUAUAUGUAAAGGGCAUAUGUUUGGAGUACUUAGUUGUGUAAUUCAUUUCUUACUUUUAGCAAUGGAUACAAGACCAUAAAGGAUAUUUAUGGCUCACCCCACAUUUCACACCCAUCUUCUGGCGCUCUGUUUAGCAGUUCCGGGGAGGAGACUGUUUCAUAGCGGUAGGGGGAAUGUGAUGUUGUGAAACACAACCACCUCUCCCACCAAGCCAACAGCUUUCAUCAUUGAGCAAGUUCAACCUCCAUUUCUGACCUCUGAUUUCAAUGGAAUUUUCUUCUGUACAACAUCUAGAAGUAUUUCUAUUGAAGCCGGUAAGGACAGAGCACUUGCUUAAAACUAGGUUAUGAUGGCAGUAGCCCUAGAUGUUCCACACAGAAGAUUAGAGAAAAAGAAGAAUGAAUAGGAGGCUUUUCAGUGGAAUUAUUUUGGAAGCCUGCAGGUCCAUGUAACUUCAAAAGCAGUUCAUAGUGUUACAUUUUGUGUGAUUCAAAGUUUUGUUAACAGUUCAUUCAUUGAUGAAAGCCAAUCUCCGUGGAACGGAAAGCUGCAGACAUCUAUAAAUUAAUGCACUUCCAAGCAUUGUAGAGUUCAAAACUGUAGUUUAAAACUGUGCAAGAGGAAAAGUUGGAAAGCUCCUGAUUCACAGAGAAUGGCAAAUGUCUUGGGCAUGAACACAAGAUGUCUGCCUACAAUCCAGUAUAAUGAAAACAAUUCCUUUCUCUCUUCAAACUUUGCUUGCAGUUAUCUCUUCUGAAUAUUUUGCAAAAAGCUGAAAGAAAAAACUGAAGGCUGAAAUCUUACUUGUUUAAUCUUGGGGACUGGGCACGGUGUCGAAUAAGAAAGAUGCCAAAAUUCAGCAUACUAGAACUCUUACAUGGAAGCAUAACAACAUGCCAAGAAAACUUAGGAUGUAGCUAAGCUGCAUGCACAUCUAAGUGGAAUGGCGAUGAAUUGUUAAUGGAGCCUUUUUUGCUCCCUGCCUGCCCUCCCCCGCCCCCACCAGCCUGAAUAACCCACGGCAUUAACAAUUUUUAAGCCCUGGCAGAAAAAGAGCUUUUUUUAAUAUGACCAAAGCAUUUUUCUUCCGUUUCAAUAUACUUUGUACAAAGAAUAGUUGGAUUACAAAGAGCCUGCCUUCUGUGAAGGGUAUCAGGCCUGUCAUGGAAGAGGUGGUAUGGCUGGGGCAGAGAAGUUCAGCAUUCUAGCCCAUAGGUGUGUUCAUUGCAAGAAGUGGACCAGUUAACCAAAACCACCAGCUUUCAUAUGGAAUCCUUCACCCCACUUCAUUUAUUUUGUGUGAAGGUAAACUUGUCCAUGUUUAUUCAUGUGCACUUCUUCCUUCUGUCUUCUAUACAAUCGUGGUUGAGUUUCCUUUAAUAGUCCUACUCCUGUCUCCUAAAGGCGAUUAGCCACACUCUUUCUUACAUUUGCUCUUUCUUGUUCCUUCCACGGAUCUUGGCUGAUGGAACUCCCAUAUGACUGCUGCUCCACAGACUGUCACUUGGUGUCUUGCUUGGUGCGAUAUUGUCUCUUAAGGCUGUUCUCUUAGUUCCCUAGUGGAUCUUAGAGCUCACAAACCCCCGGGCAGGCAAGCGUGGUACUAUUGCUUUUAUACUGUUUACUUACCAAAUAAUGACCACAGUCUUACAUUUUCCUGGCUAGCACAUAUUUAUUAGAUAUUUAACAUGGCACAGGAAUAUGGGCUUCUUUGGGAGGAAGAGCAGGAUAGAAUUUAAUAAUAAAAUCAUGGAAAAUAAAAAUACGUUGCAUUUUCACUCCUUAGCAUGUGAAAGUAGAGCAUGCGCUCUUUCGAUCAUGGCUGCCACUACCCUUGCUUCUUGCCCCUUCACAUCUUCAGUAAAAGCACUCCAUGCUUUUCCUUUGCCCUUGAAGGCCCUGGCAUUCUCUGUUCUAGGUGACUGGAAAUCAAAUCUUUUUAUAUCUAGUAGCUUAUCUACCUUCCUGAAACUUACCAAAACCUCACCUGUAGGGGGUUCUUCUUUUGUUCUGUACCAUCUUCUGCCCCUGAACAUUCCAAAUAACCCACCCUUGAAGCUUUAUAAAAUCAAAAAUGCAUGAGCUGAGAGAAUCUGCAUCGCUUCCCACACAAGUAUUGGCUGGGUGGGACAGUACACAAAGGGAUGGUGGGGCAACAAUUUAGGACUUUGCCCAUUCAGCCUUUUCCUUUACCCAGCAUGGUCAGGAUUUGCUUUACUUUAGGAAGAAGUUAUUCUUCCAGUGACAGCACCUUUCUGAAUAGGACUUUGAAGAGAGCAUUUUAAAACUCGUUUCCAGGCUCUGUCUCACAACUGUUACAUUCAGUGAGAAAAUUGCCAUGCAUGCCAUGUGUCAUUCCAGGGUAAGGAGUGUCUCUAGCUACUAAAUCUCUUCCUGUCUCAUGGUUAUUUAAAGGAAAGACAGUAGGUUUUCAACAGAUAGCAGUAACCUUAACUGAUACCUAAAGUUCUGUUAGCCAGUUUCACUAACAAAUACUGAUACUUGUUUGGAGAACUGGGUGGUACACUGUCUCCUGCUGCACUUUUUGUUCCUAUGUGCAAAUAAAGGCAAAGCUUCUGUACUUCUAAGAGUUAUGUAGCACAGGGAGCUGAAGCAUGUCACGCACAGACGAGGAGAAAACUGCAAUUGUUGAAACGGUAUAGUACUCCUGUCUUUCUUGGUAUUUGGUCACAAUUCUUUGUUUAAUCCAAACUACCUUGAUUGUUCAAAAAACCACUGCUUUUCAUUAUGUAAACAACCUUGAUUAACACUGCUUUCAUGCAGGUGCCAUUAAUGUGAAGGUGUGCUUGUGGGGAGGGGAGCGAAUGCUUAAUCAGCUGCGUCUUGAAGGAUAAUUGCAUGCAGAAGUGUUUCUCUUCCUGUAUCUCUUGCCCUUUUCCACCUGCAUUUAGAUUGUAAGCUCUUCCGAGCAGAGAAUCUCUUUAUCUGAAAUGUUAAAUGCUAUGGACAUCUGGGGCUAUAAAUAACAUGACCUACUUAAAAAUA